CUAUCAUUUGUGCGCAUUUUGCGCAAAUGUCGAGAUUAAAAUCCCACGUAGUUCGAUUUUUUUUGCAAUUUUUUUACGUCCAGGGGUGCCAAUUCCGCACGCUAAAAACACCUGUGUGACGUUUUGCGACGUUGUUUUGCCAAAAUUUCGCAGUUAACAUUCCGCAAAUUUAUUGUGAUUGUUUCGUUUCCAAUUAAAAUGAGUGAAAAACGGGUGAUUCUUUAUAAAAAUGGAACAAACACAAAAGGCGAAAUUUUCGUGGUUCCGCGAACCUUGGAAGAGCUGAUGAGCCAAGCGUAUUUAAAGUUCAACACAAAAGUGAGACGAAUAUUUAUAGAAGAUGGCACAGAAGUGCACGACAUUUCUUUUAUACGCAAUAACGACAACCUGUACAUAUCCUGCGGCGAAGAUUUUAUAGUUCCUCCGAAAGAUGAAGCAAAACGGAUCAAAUGCUCUGAGUGGGUGACGUUAAACGUCGGCGGAAAAUACUUCACGACUUCGAAAAGCACCUUGACCACGAAAGAACCUGAGAGCAUGCUUGCGCGGAUGUUCGCAGGCGACGACGACGGGUACCUGUUCACUCCGAGCAAUAUUGAUAAAAACGGCGCUUUCCUAAUAGACAGAAGUCCCUUGUAUUUUGAACCCAUCAUAAACUAUCUUAGAAAUGGUCAAUUAAUAUAUGAUAAUAACAUUAAUCCGGAAGGGAUUCUAGAAGAAGCGAGAUUUUUUGGUAUUGAGUCUAUUGUGCCCACUCUAGAGCAGAUAAUAAACCAGCAGAAUGUGAAUAGGGAUAACUUACCUUUAACUCGACGAGAUGUGAUAGACGCCUUAAUCAGAAGUGCCUACACCACAGAAUUGAGGUUCCAAGGAGUCAAUUUAUCAGGCUCAGAUCUAAGCAAGUUAGAUCUGCGCUACAUCAAUUUCAAAUACGCGAAUUUACAAGGUUGUAAACUGACCGGCUCAAAUUUGAGCUAUUGUUGUUUGGAGAGGGCCGACCUGUCGUACGCUAACCUCGACGGGGCGCAACUACUUGGCGUCAAGUGUCUCUGCGCCAAUUUAGAAGGCGUCAGCAUGAAGAACUCAAAUUUCAAGGACCCGGCCGGCGGCAGGGCAAACAUGGAGGGCGUAAACCUCAAAGGGGCAAACCUAGAGGGCAGCGACAUGGGAGGCGUUAAUUUGAGAGUGGCGACUUUGAAAAACGCCAAUCUGCAGAACUGUGAUUUGAGGGCCGCUGUUCUUGCUGGAGCUGACCUAGAGUUCUGUGAUUUAUCAGGCAGUGAUUUACACGAAGCUAAUUUAAGGGGUGCCAACUUGAAGGACGCAGCGUUUGAAUUAAUGCUCACUCCGUUGCACAUGUCCCAGACUAUUCGUUAACUCAAUGGUUGUCAAGAACGGCCUGUGAUUAGCUGUGUUUCAUGUACAUGUUUUGUAAAAUUUUGUUCAAAUGAGAUAGUAUAGGUUGUGCUAAUACCUCUAAGGUGAAUACUCAGUUUUUAACGUGAUGAGUAAUUUAAGCAAAAUAAGUAAUAAAACGAUUAUUUAACGCUA